AUGAGUACGGGUAUGGGCAUGAGACCAAAUAGGGUGGAAGUGGAAGAGAAAGUCAAGGAUGAGGAAAAUAGUAACAAGUUUCUUGAAAAUUUAUCAUUUAUCCGGAUAGUGAACGUUGAAGAAAAUUCGGAAAUCGUAACCAAUAAAAGAGAAAAAGAUUACAACUUGAAUUCAACAUCUGAUCCAAUUAAUUAUAGACGUUAUAGUGCAGCCGAUUUCGACGUUCCACCGAAUGCAAUUAUUUUAUAUCCACAGCGGAAGCCAAACGUUCUUGAGCAAUUGGCGCAGUGCCUGAGAACUGCAUGUUGCUGGAAGAAACAGACAAUUGGACCGAUGAAACUCUCUAAGCUUAUUGGUAAAGGUGAUAUUGCGCUUUCCUUCAGUGGCUGCGGAUUUCUCGGUGUUUAUCAUUUUGGAGUUCUUCAAGGACUUAAUCGCAAUGGGAAGGCUUUAAUGAAACGAGUAAAACGUUGUGCAGGUGCAUCAGCAGGUUCUCUGGCAGCUGCUUUAUGGACAUUUCAACCUGAGGAUACUGAGCAGCUGCAUAAAGGUUUUAAUGAUGUGAUCAAAAUGGCCACCGAAAUCCAUUCAUUACGAUUUGGUGCGCUAUCACCAAAUUUCGCACUUCACAAAAGUUUGCAAAGAAUUAUAGAUCUAUAUAUUCCGGAGGAUAUUUCUAAUGCACAAGACAGACUUUACAUAUCUCUUACUGAUCAGAAGAGGAACGUUAAUAAGCUGAUUUCACGGUUUACGUCAAGGGAUUAUUUAAUAGAUUCUUUGCUCGCCAGCUGUUAUAUACCUUUUUAUUCCGGUUCUUCUCCUCCUACAAUUGAUGGUGAUCAAUACAUAGAUGGCGGAUUUACGAAUAAUUUACCGAUAUUUGAGGAAAUGCCAACAAUUACCAUUUCACCAUUCAGUGGAAGUGCCAUUAUUGCUCCAAAUGAUUACGAUUUUGUGAAACCAUUUCGUGAAUGGCGCUUACGGAUUGGCACUCAAGAACUAAAGGUAAAUGUGCAAAACAUGGUUCGAGGUGCUCAGGCUUUAUUCCCUCCAAAUCUUGAAAUCUUGCGAAAUUAUUAUGAAAUGGGCCAACGUGAUGCGAUGAAGUUUUUGCUGAAUUUUGGCAUUUUGGAACGACAGUUGGGUGAUGCCGUUUGA